CUAUCUAUCUAUCUCUUUUAUGUUUAUUUUCUAUGAAGUGAACACUGCAUUUUUUCUACACACCAUUACAGUAGGCUAACUGUAAAAUAUAAAAAUCUGAAGAGAAACAUAAAACUAAAUCUGUCAAUAAAAUAAAAUAACUGAUUAAUCUCAAGAUCAGAGCAGAAUGGGAGAAUGUGUCUUUAUAUAUGUAUCAAGGGCGGAAAUUAACGAGGGUUUAUUGUGGCAAAUGCACCAAAAUGAACAAAAAUGGCAUAUAAAUUCAAGAAAAAGGGGCAAAAAGUUAAACAACGUAUUAUGGUCGUCGCUAUUAAAAUUAUGAAAAUGAAUGAAAAGUGUCAAUUUGCGGAAUUACAUGUAGAUUCACUCACACUGCAGUAUGUUGCUUUUACGUAAUGUAGCGUUGAGCCUGAUAACCAAUCAAACGCGUUUCUGUUGAACUUAGGAAUGCAUUGGCCAAUCAGAAGCUCUGAGCUCUUGUUUUUUACACAUAUAAUUUAGAUACAAUUUUAAAGUUGUUAUUGACAACAGUUUAAAAUACUGAUUAAGCAAAGUAUUUGAUAUUAAACAUUAACUCAGUAUGGUUUUAUAAUAAUGUGAUUAUAAAAAUUGCCCUCAUAAAUUUAAAAAAUGCCUAUGGAAAUCAAUUCUAGCGGUCAAAUAUUGCCCCUUAAUGGAAUUCCUGACCUUGAUAUGUGUGUUUAUUUUUUAUUUCACAAACUUUUACUCCUCCUAGCACCUCCUUUUAGUCACCUGGGGUUCCCCUAGAUCCCAGUUUGAAAACCCCUUGAACUAGAGCGCAAAUUUUACUCUAAUUUUGACAAAAUUUGUCACUCCAUCUUGCUUUUGAGCGACACUUUGGCUGUGCUAUAUCACACAAAUAUACUCAAAUACAUAUCUUGUGUCAUAUGUGACUGCUCAGAUCUGUCAUGUAACCGCAAUAACAACAAAAACACGUCUCAAACCAUCUCACUCUCAUCCUAGCACUCUACUGCGGGGACAAGCACACACAUACACAAAUGCACACACACAAAGGGCCCCUGAAAAUAAUCACUGUGGAGAACCUUAUAAAGCGAGCAAAGCACACACACACACACACACACACAAGAUCGCACAUAGAGCUGUUGUUCAGGCUGGGGUCCUGAGAGCGGGGUUCAGAGCAGCCAGUGUCCCGUCUGGCAGGAAGCACUCUGCAUUCUCAGCGACGUGCCUUGAGUGGACAAAUCAUGCUGAUUGUGUGGGAGAGAAACCCAGUGCUGCUCCCAAGAUGAAGGCAGAGAGGGAGGCAUCAUGCAAAGAGACAGCCGUACCUUCACUGUUUCUUCUCCUAUGGCUUUUCAUCUUUUCUUUGGCAGGUGUAUAUGGGGUGAAUAUCAGCUGUCCAUCUCCUCUAGUGCGAGGCACACUAGGAGGCUCUGCUCUUCUCUCUGUGACUUACACCAGCACCAGCUCUGACCAGCCUGUUGUUAAAUGGCAGCUGAAGAGGGACAAACCUGUCACUGUGGUCCAGUCCAUUGGCACAGACAUUAUCGGAAACCUGAGGCCCGAGUACCGCGGCCGAAUCCUCCUGUACGACAACGGCUCUCUGCUCCUGCAUCACCUGCAGCUGUCAGACGAGGGCGCCUAUGAGGUGGAGAUCUCCAUCACUGAUGAUACCUUCACUGGAGAGCGAUACGUCAACCUCACUGUGGAUGUUCCAGUGUCCAGGCCUUUUGUUCACAUGCCGGCCUCGUCCGUCCUAGAGCUGACUGAGCUCUUCAUACUCAACUGCACUCACGAUAGUGGCACCAAACCUACUUAUAGCUGGCUGAAAGGCGGGAAAUCUUUGACCAAUGACUCGCGUCUGCUCCUGUCACAGGACCAGAAGGUCCUGACCAUCUCCCGUGUUGUGAUGUCAGAUGACGACAUCUACAGCUGUAGGGUGGAAAACCCCAUCAGCAGUAUGAAGAGCCUGCCUGUCAAACUCACUGUCUACAGACGGAGUUCUCUCUAUAUCAUCCUCUCCACGGGAGGCAUUUUCUUGCUCAUCACCUUGGUGACUGUGUGCGCCUGUUGGAAACCCUCCAAAAAAAAAAGGCAAGAGCUUGCCGGGCAGAGCAGACAAAAUGUAGCAGAACAGAGCAACGGCAAUCAUGAGGUUGAUAUUGUGCCUAGUAGAAAUUACCAGAACCGUCGGAACCCAGGUGGACUAUAUGUCCUCAAAGAAACAGAUUUCCCUGACGGAACUGAUGAGUCUUCCUGUAAUUAUAUCAACCCCAUUGAUCCCCUCAGCCCACCUUGUUAUCCCAGCAUGGCUCCACCUUCCGCACACUCUCCGGAUGCUUAUAUGCAUUCAGGAAGAAGAUACCCCCGUACACCUGUCCCCUCUCCUCCAUCAACCCCUCAUUCAACUCUCACUCCACCCCUCUCCUGUCCUCCACACAUGGGCAGCUUAACACGCAAACCCCACCCUCCAAGACUAAGCCCCUCCCCUCCUCAUGCAGAAGAAUUUCCGAUGGAACCAGAAAACAAUAUGCACCACCACAGCCUUCCACGAUGAACGAGACGAUAAAGAGUUCUGAAUGUAAAAUGUCAAGGGUAAUGUCAGAUUAUGAGACUAUGUAUGUGGAUAUGGUCAUUUUAAUAAGUGAUUUUUAUUAGUUUUCUUAUGUAAAUGUUAGUAUUUUAUGCUUUCCAGAUAGAUGAAUAAAUGGUGUACAAGACCAAAACUUGUAGUUGUAAAAUAAGAAACUAAUUUAUUUUUUUUUUUUUUUUUAAUACUAAUAUUAAAAUAUUUGAUUUUUAUCAGAUUCAGCUGUGGUUUAUACCUUAAACUAAAUCAAUAUAAUACUUUAAAAAGAAAACAUCCUGUUAUACUGUUUAAUUUCAGCUAUUAUUGGGAUCUCUUAGGAUUUACUGUAAAUAUCACUUUGUCAGUAUUAAAAUGAUUUUAUUCUU